AUGUUCAACAAAGUUUUGCAGCGGGCGCUGAAAUUCCGCCUGAAGAAGAGUUACCCUACAAACAUUUACGAUUUAAAUAGAGGUGCCGCGAUCGCCGUUCGCCGUCCGUACAGCGAUGAAGUGAAACGAGCUCAGGCGUCUAGCGUAGCCAGCCCCGGCCCGACUAUUUUCGACAAAAUCAUUUCAAAAGAAAUAAAAGCAGACAUUAUUUACGAAGAUGAUUUUUGUCUAGCCUUCAACGACGUAUCUCCUCAAGCGCCCGUCCACUUCCUCGUGAUACCGAAGAAAAGCAUUCCUCGUUUGCAAGAUUGUGAAGCCUCGGAUAAGGAGAUUCUUGGACAUCUGAUGCUGGUUGCUAGAUCUUUGGGAUCCGAGAGGGCUCCCGGCGGUUGGAGGUUGGUGGUGAACAAUGGAAGGCAUGGAGCUCAGUCAGUAUACCAUCUACAUUUACAUGUUCUAGGUGGUCGGCAGAUGGGAUGGCCACCAGGCUAA